AUGGGCAACUCCAACGGCAAACCCGUCGUCUUCACCGACGAAGUCAACCUCAACCACUUCCGCCUCCUCCGUGUCGUUGGCAAAGGCGCCUUCGGAAAAGUGCGCAUCGUCGAGCGCAAGGAUACUGGGUUGACAUUCGCUCUCAAAUACAUCCGCAAAGAUGAAGUGGUGCGCAGUGAAAGCGUGCGAAACAUCAUUCGCGAGCGACGCAUGCUGGAACAUUUGAAUCACCCCUUCCUAUGCAACCUGCGGUAUUCUUUCCAGGACAUUGAGUAUCUCUAUAUCGUGGUCGACCUCAUGAACGGCGGAGAUCUGCGGUUCCACAUCUCAAGGAAAGCGUUUACGGAAGAGGCGGUCCGUUUUUGGAUUGCGCAGCUCGGUUGCGCCCUAAAAUACAUUCACGGGCAAGGAAUCGUACAUCGGGACGUGAAGCCAGAUAACGUCUUGCUGGAUUCGGAGGGCCAUGUCCAUUUGGCAGACUUUAACGUCGCCUCCGAUUUCACGCCCCAUAAACCAUUGAACAGCAAAUCCGGAACGCUGGCCUAUCUUGCGCCAGAGGUAUACCGAGCCAAGGGCUAUUCAUGCGAGGUGGACUGGUGGUCAUUGGGCGUGCUCUUCUACGAAUGCAUAUACAACCGAAGACCCUUCGACUCCAGCCCGGGCGAACCUCUUGCUCAGAAGAUCAUGAAGGGAGACGUGCACUAUCCCGUCACAACUCCACCUGUCACAAUGGUCUGCCUACACGCUAUCAGCUCACUGCUUGAGAAGGAUAGGAAACAACGUAUCGGAGCCAAAAGCUUUGAAUCCUUCAUCGAUAACCCUUUCUUCCGUCCGAUCGACUUCGCUGCACUAGAGCGAAAAGAGAUUGAGCCGAUCUUCGUCCCUUCAAGCGAAAAGACCAAUUUCGAUGCCACCUACGACCUAGAGGAGCUCCUGCUUGAAGAAGCACCCCUCGAGGCUCGAGCACGGAGACAGAAACCCCGAGAACAACUGAAGGACGACGCCACAGCGCAAGAAAUCCGUGCCGAGGAACUACACAAGAUGAUUGAAAAGUUCUUCGAGCCCUUUAAUUAUACCAAUGCAACUUACAGUCAACCCUCUCCGACCACCACCUCACCGCAUCCCUCGUCGAGCGACUCACCAAACGAAUGGCCCUCUUCUUCCGCACCACGCCCUAUCUCCCGUGACCCUUCCAGCACCGCGCUCGACGAUCCGCACCUUCGCGCCGCCCCUGCCCCACCUGCCACCCGCCGCGGCCGUUCCGCUACCACCUCACCCUCUGGAUCUCCUCCCCUAUUCAACCCACCCCUACCACAUCCCCCGACAUCCGACCCGCGAGGCGCUCUCCACCCGUCCUCCCCGCAGUCCGGUGGUUAUUACGACCACGGCGGCGCCGACGCACCCUUCGAUCCCAACGACCCCCACGGCCGAUCGCACCAGCUCCGACACGGCUCGACCCGCUCGCAUCAUCACCACCACCGCGACCGCGACCCCGACGAGCAACUCGAGAGACCCGAGCGCAGCGGCCAGACGUCGCACCCCCGGCGCGGCAACACGCGGAGCACGUCCGUCGGCGGCGGCGUGCAGAUGGUGCUCGAUCCGGGCGCCAGCUGGAGCGAGCUGGGCGUUCGCGAGUUGCCAGGCUCGACGGUGGUCUCCGGGAGCUCGGAACAUCGGUUGGGAGGCGGCGGCGGGCCGAGGCAGCCGGGGUCGGUGCUGGGGUUCCUGUCGCGGAAGAAGGGGCGGGAUCGAAGUCCCAAGGCGAAGGAGAGGGGCGUGUUGGGGAAGGAGGGGGCGAGGCAGAUCGUUGGGGGGUGA